CAUUCCAUUCCCACACAGCAAUCAACGGCGUUCCCCACUCCCCAUUCUCCCUCUCUCCGAUCGCCCAUCUCCGCUCAUAUGGCCACCGAGGUCCUCCGCCCGCACAACAUCCUGCAGCCGCAGACGCAGAGGAUCCGCGCCGCGCACCGGAGGCCCAGCAACCCCGGCACCACCAGGAGGUCUCCUCCUCCACCGGCCACGGCGGUCUCGACGACCGGCCGGAGACACCAUGGAAGGCCUUCCUCUUCUUCUUCCUCGUACGGGAAGGUGACGUCUGCGGCCGCUCCGGCGAGGCGCCCCGCGGUGGAAGUGUACGCCGGCCCGGCCUUCUCCGCCGCGUCCCCCGAGCCGAGCUCGCUGCCGCUGCCGCAGUUCCCGCUCCAGAAGCCCGCGGCCGCCGUCAACGACGCCGCCACGCGUGACCUCAGGCGCAUGCUGCGCCUCGAGUAGCUCGCUAGCCCGGUGCCAGCUAGUGGACAUGAGCUGUAUGUUAGUUAGCAAUCGUCGUUGAGUGGUGCGGCCGCGCGCAGCAAGGCCUCUGGCUCGGUUUUACUGUGUGGCCGGCGGUAUGGUGCGCGGAGGCCGUGGGCUCCGACGACGGCUGUCUGGAAUGAGCACAGCCAGCGAUGUGACCAUGGACCGGCGUGAUGUAAUUACAAGUAGAAUCCCAAGUCCAAGAAUGCCUACAUAUAUGCACGACCACCUCCUUAAUCCCCUUUGUCUCUAGUUAGCACGCAGAUGCCAAAUGGCCAAAGUUAAAGGCUAAGAUUAUUUUCUGUUCAUGUUGAUUAAAAGAAGUUUAUGUGUUUCAAUCA